CCCAGCCAUCUGCUGGUUCUGCUCUCUAACCUGAAAGUCGAGCUCUGCUGAGGUGUCUGCCCCUUUACAUCUCCGACAGUCGACGGGCGCCAGACAACAGCACCUCGCAGCGCGAGUUUCUUCUCAGAAGCUAGGCACCUUCCGUUCAGAGAAACUCGGAAGACCUCCCAACACAACGCCAUGAUUUCCAAGAUAGCCACCAAUACGGAGAAGGAACAUGAGGAUAUGUCGGACACCGAAACCAUCUUCACGGAAGAGUCGAGGAGUCCAGUUACCUUCUGGGACCACACCGCAAUUCGCAACGCAGUACCAUGUCCCGGAGAGACGUUCAUCAUCGUCGAAAAGGCUUCUGGCAGGGCAAUCACUCAGAUCAACGGCGAACUCCAAUUAGAGCCCGACACUAGCCGGAGAGGCGGUUUCUAUUGGGCCUGCGUCGAGACGGAAGGAUGGCUCGGCUUCUACAACACCGCAUCAGGCAAUUUCAUGGGCCACAAUGCGAGAGGGAAGAUCCUGGCCACGGCUAAACACCAUAAAGCGUGGGAGUACUUCUGCGCGAGAAGGCAUCCGGCGGGGGGCUACGUGCUGCUAGUGACUACGCAUGGAAGGGGUUGGAAGCUGGAGAAGGUGGCUAUUGACCAGGAUGGCAAUGGUCUAGUCCCAAAGGACCAUGAGUCUGCGGUCUGGGAGUUCGUCAAGGUCCAGAAUCGUGGUCCCAUCACACAUUUAGAAGAGUGAUUUGCUCGGAGAGGUUGACUCCUACUCACUAGCACAUGGUGGUUUCUCAUGUACAGUGCCGCCCUGGUAUCAGCACGCAACCAGGCCUGAAAGGGCAACGCGUGUCCGUCCUCAUCUCGUACGUCCAAGACACUUGCGCGGUAUAUCCUCCGGGUUGAACGGU